UUUAGUACGUACAACGCAUCGAUGCGUGUACCACAAUAUACUCAUGUGCUUAGUUUCACAAUUAGCCACUCUUUGAUAGUUAACACUUUGGAUCAGCUGUUUCGAGAAAUUUGACUGGGCCAACCCUACAGCGCAUCAUGAAUCUUUCACCAAAGGUGAUGAGAACCCUGUCCUUGGCUAGAAGGAACUUCAUAUCCGUAGAUCCAGAAAGAAGGUCACUCCAUUAUUGCAUCAGGAAUAAGAACUUGAGAGCAUUUCACAGUACCAGGUUACAACCAGCAAUAUCUGUGAAAGCAACUUGCAGAGCAUCAAAUCAUCAAGUCAGAAGACAUAUCUCAUCGUCCCGCCAUCUGUAUGGUGCAUCAUCAGAUGUACCUCUGACAAGGGACAGGUUUCCUGAUCUAGCCAGGGGCAACUACUCUCAGCUCACUGAUGAGGACGUAGCCUUCUUUGACAAUCUUCUUGGGGGAAGGAUCAUCACCGAUCAGGAUGAGCUUGAAGCAGCUAACACCGAUUGGCUUAGGAUAUGUAAAGGCACUAGUCGUCUUCUGCUAAGGCCCAAGACAACGGAGGAGGUAUCCCAGAUUCUUGCCUACUGUCACUCCAGGAACCUAGCUGUAGUACCCCAAGGAGGCAACACUGGUCUAGUUGGUGGCAGCAUACCUGUUUUUGAUGAGAUCAUCCUAUCGACGACCCUCAUGAAUCGAAUCAUCAGCAUCGACGAUACAUCAGGAGUUUUAGUCGCCCAGGCUGGGUGUGUACUGGAGAAGCUGGAUGAAGCCGUCAGUGAGCAUGGUCUGGUCAUGCCCCUGGACCUGGGUGCCAAGGGAAGCUGCUGUAUCGGCGGUAAUGUUUCAACCAACGCUGGAGGCCUACGCUUCCUGAGAUACGGCUCUCUGCGUGGCACAGUCUUGGGUGUUGAGGCAGUACUCUCUGAUGGAAGGAUAGUGGACUGCUUAACAUCGCUUAGUAAAGAUAACACUGGUUAUGAUCUGAAGCAGCUCUUCAUAGGCUCUGAAGGAACCCUGGGGAUCAUUACUGGCUUAGCCAUCAAGUGCCCCCAGAGGCCUAAAGCUGUCAAUCUAGCCUUUCUAGGUGUGACAGAUUUUGAGAAUGUCAAGAGGACCUUCAAGGAGAGCCGAAAGAACUUAAGUGAGAUCUUAUCAGCCUGUGAGGUCAUGGACCAUGAAUCUAUGCAGGUUGUAGUGAAGCAGCUAGGUCUAACCAACCCUGUAUCUGAGCAUCCUUUCUACAUGUUGAUUGAGACCUCUGGAUCUAACAGUACUCACGACGAAGAGAAACUCAACGCAUUCUUGGAAGAUGCCAUGUCCACUGGCUUCAUUUCUGACGGCACGGUGGCUACGGAUGGAUCCAAAAUCACGGCACUAUGGAGUCUGCGGGAACGCAUCGCAGAAGGUCUGGUGAGGAUGGGAUGGUGUUUCAAAUACGACCUUACCAUCCCCAUCAAAGACUUCUACGGACUGGUCGAGGAAACGCGCCUUCGUCUUGACGGCACGGACUCGACGGUGGUCGGCUACGGUCACGUGGGGGACGAGAACCUGCACUUGAAUAUCGUGACGCCAGAGUACGACUCCAAAGUCCACGCCAUCCUGGAGCCUUUCGUUUACGAGUGGACGUCGGAACGCAGAGGUAGCGUGAGUGCUGAGCACGGGUUAGGCUUCUUGAAGAGAAAUUACAUCGGGCUUUCGAAGGCAGCCGAAGCAGUCCACAUCAUGCAAGGGAUGAAGCAGUUUCUGGAUCCAAAGGGAAUCCUGAACCCAUACAAAGUUCUACCACACGCAAAGUCAUGAUCCUUUUGAUUGAUUCUAUUUUAGUUUUAUUGAUAUGAAAACAUAAAAGGGAUAUAAUGUGAUUAUUUUGAUUCGCCCAACCUAGCAUGUGCAAGUCUAGGUUGCAAAGUGUUUAUCAAUUUGUUAUUUAUAAAACGCGCAACUGGAAACCAUACAAAGUUUUGCCGAGCCCUAAUUAUUGAACCACAUGAUUUCUCUUACAAGACUGUAUAAAGUACAAAACAUGUCCAAUAUUAAUCUUCCAUAGUUACAUAUAAAUGGCAAGGUUUGAAGGUAUUAAAAACAAAUUUGAGUUCCAAUUAUGCAACCCCAUUGUGAAGGAAACUGUCUGGAGGCAAUC